AUGGGAACAACUGUGUUUAUCUCCCCAAAGGAUUUUACAUCGUCAUCCCUAAUGCACCUUGAAAAUAAUGGUUGCGAUAAGAAAAAAGUGAACAUCCUAAUCACACUGAUGCACUUAGUGAUUUGCAUUCAGCUGAACAAGUUUUCUAAGCAAUCCGAGACCACGCCCACACAGCAGACUACACUUUCAUUCAUAAAAGCUGGGGCUGUUCGCCCGCCUUCAUUGAGUAUCGGCAUAAGCACACCCUCGGCUUGCUUGAAUUACUUAAGGGCCUCCUCUUUGCCUAUUGCCGAUUGGUUCGACUUCUCUGCCGAACAUAAAAUACGCGAGGCAGUGGACGCCGUCGCGAUACUAGUGUACAGGUGCGUUAAUCACGGGCCGUCACUCCUCGCUCUUGAGCAUCCCGGCCUCAUCUCAGCCAGCUCCCUCAAGGGCCGGAGGCUGCGUGUGACCCCUUCAGGCAGCCCGACGAGACACAAAUCAAACAACGAGCGAGCUGCAGCUCCCAACAGCAGGAUCGCCAAGGGCAGCGCCGCGUCCCCCGGCCACUUCAUGACGGAGGAGGGGGAGGGGCGGGCGGGGAGGUGCCCGGUGAGGGUGCAGGAGCUACCCCCGGAGGAGGAGGCCCGCCUGGUGACCCUGGGGUUCAAGGGCUACACAGGGCUGGUGCGCACACAGCCUGGGGGGAUGUUGAUGAAGGCCAGGUAUAAGGAGAUGGCCCCGCGUUUCUACAGCUUCGACUUCCGGCCCGAUGACAUUGUGGUGAUGACGUACCCGAAGUGUGGCACCACUUGGAUGCAGGAAAUUCUUUGGGGGAUGACUCAUUUGGACGAACUUGACGAAGCAGACCGUCUGGCCAUUGGUAACAGGACCUAUUUCAUCGACAGUGACGCCCUCUAUCGGCUGGAGGACCAAAUGAAAGACCGAUACGUGAUGGAGAGAUUUCGCUCGCUUUGUCCCGACGGGCGGCCCGAUCGCGGCAUCAUCUUGCAGUCGUGUGCAGCGCAGCCUCCUCAUCUCACCAAGCCAAGGAUCAUCAAGACGCACUUUCCCCUCUCGCUCCAUCGGCCUGAUCUCCUGGACAGGUGUAGGGUGGUGUACGUGUGUCGCAACCCCAAGGACGCGUGCGUGUCCUACCAUCACCACUGCCGCCUCAUCAACACCUAUAAGUUCGAAGGGAGUUUCGAAGCCUUCACAAAAUCCUUCAUGACAGGAGACGUUUUCUACGGGAAGUUCUGGGACCACGUGGCGCCUGCGUGGGAGCGAAGGCGCCAUCCUAAUCUGCACUUCGUCUUUUACGAGGACCUUCAGCUCCGCGGCCUCGAGCAACUCCACCACCUCGGGAGGUUCUUGGGCCUACAGCUUUCGCAAGAGCAGCUGGAGAGGGUCGCCAAGCAUGCCAGCUUCCCUCAGAUGAAGGCCCGCGACGCCCAGGUCCCUAUGGUCCUCAGCUCCUCGACCAACGGCGCUGUCGGGGGCUUCUUCAGAAAGGGCAUCACGGGCGACUGGAGCAACGUAGCCUCAGCUGAGCUCGAUGCCCUGAUGGAGGAGUGGGUACAGGAACAUGCAAAGCCCUUAGGUAUCAGGUUUAAGUACGAGCUGUGUGAGUGAAGAAGAAGAUAAAAAAGGGGUUAAUAACUGUCAUACUCGAGAACUAUUGUGUGUUAAUGUGUCUGUCUAACGUGUGAGUAGUGUGUUAGUGUGCGGUUAUUUAUGAGAUGUGUGAGGUUAUUAAUGGUAUUAAUGGAAGUGGUUGUAAAAUUAUAGUGUGGUAUUUUUAAUUAAUGAGAUAUGUCGUCCAGAUCGUAAGGGAAACAGGUAUAUGUAAUAAAGUAAUUUGUUACGUCAGAGUAAGCACAUUCAUAACAUGGUUUAUUUUUUAGAUUAAAGUUUUGUCGUUCAUAGGUAAUAAAACUGUGCCUGAUUACCAGCCACAAGGAGACACACUUUAACACGUUUUGUAUUUUCGUUGUCUCUGGAUGAAUAUUUUUUUUAAUAAUGAUAAUAGAGCAACACUUAUUCAUUUGCCACUUCUGUGUGACGAUGUUAAUAAAAACAGAUCUGUU